AUCACACCACACAACAUGCAACUUGGUCUUUGGUUUGGGCUUUUCGCCGUCGCCGCCGCACCGCUGGUGAGCGCUAAUUAUGGUUCAUCUGGUGGUGGCCAAUAUCUGCCCGGAGGUCCAUCGGCCGGUCUGGAGGAGUAUGUGAAUGCUGCCACCGGUGGCAAUCAGCCAUCGUCCAACCAGCUGACCGCCCAGGCUGAGAUUCAGCCAUCCCCCGAGGAGGCACGUCGUCUGGGUCGCGUCCAGGCUCAACUCCAGGCCCUCAACUCGAACCCCACAUACCAGAAGCUGAAGAACUCCGAGGAUAUUGCCGAAUCUCUCGCCGAGAACAAUCUGGCCAGCAACAUCCGUCAGGGCAAAAUCAAUGUGGUCUCGCCCCAGUUCGUUGAUCAGCAUCUGUUCCGUUCUCUGUUGGUGCCAUCGGGCCACAACAACCAUCAGGUGAUUGCCACACAGCCUCUGCCCCCAAUCAUUGUGCACCAGCCCGGCGCACCACCAGCCCAUGUGAACAGCGGCCCACCGACUGUGGUGCGCGGCAAUCCCGUCAUCUACAAGAUCAAGCCCUCGGUCAUCUAUCAGCAGGAGGUGAUCAACAAGGUGCCCACACCUUUGAGCCUUAACCCCGUCUACGUCAAGGUCUACAAGCCGGGCAAGAAGAUCGAGGCUCCUCUGGCCCCAGUUGUUGCUCCCGUCUACAACCAGCCACAAUCGUACAACCAGCCCCAAUCCUACCAGCAGCCCCAAUCCUAUGGCUCGCCCAGCUCGUCGGCUGCCAGCGCUGCCUCCAGCUCCGAUAGCUACGCUGCCGGCGCUGACUCUCCUCUGUAUGCCAGCCCAGCGCCCUAUGGCUCUCCCAGCUAUUAAGUGGGGUGCGUGAGAGUGCGAGUAGCGCACAGCGCUGCCAUGCAAUCGAGCAGUCCUGCCAACCUGGCGGAUGAUUAAUUUAAACAUUUGUUUUUUUUUUGAAUGCAAAUAAAAAAAAAAAGCCUAAA